AUGCCACCGCGCAAGCGGCCACAGGCCCCCCCAUCAGCCAGGCCGAGGCGGCCCUCAGAGGCUACCCAGAAUGCACCAUCUGAUUCAGUCAAGCGGAAACGCUCCUCUGUCGCCAAAGAAUCUGCCCAGGCCGCGAUCGAGUCUACCAAUGGCCAGGCUCAAACCCAGACCGACUCUCAUCGUCCUGAAGCGACUGAAGAGCAGGGAUCAAAGUACCAGCAUAAAGAUCCCUUCGAUGCGCUGCUGGAACCUUUCUACUAUAACAAAUCUCUUACCGAUCCCAUUGACACGGCAAAGGACAAGUGGAACCUCCUUCCGGCGUUCCUCAAAGUGAAGGGUCUUGUGAAACAACACAUUGACUCAUAUAAUUACUUCGUCGAAGUGCAACUCAAGAAGAUUGUCGAAUCCAGUUCGACUAUUCGCAGUGAUGUGGACCAUCAGUUCUACAUCAAAUUCACGGACAUCUAUGUUGGGUCCCCGAGACGAGCAGACGAGACUCAAGAUGCGGGUAUCGACUUCCAGUCAGACGUCACGCCCCAGGAAUGUCGGCUUCGAGACACCACUUAUGCCGCACCAAUUCUGGUAGAUUUUGAGUAUGUCCGAGGUCGACAACGUGUCAUCCGACGCGGAGUCUCAAUCGGCCGUAUGCCGAUCAUGUUGCGCAGCUCAAAGUGUGUUCUCGCAAACAAAACGCCCGCGCAGAUGACCGUGCUGAACGAAUGCCCAUUGGAUCCCGGCGGUUACUUCGUUGUGAACGGAACCGAAAAAGUCAUUCUGGUGCAGGAACAGCUGAGCAAGAAUCGAAUCAUCGUUGAAACGGACCCCAAGAAGGAAAUCGUUCAAGCCUCAGUCACCAGUUCCUCCAACGAGCGCAAGUCGAAAAGUUAUAUCGUUCUGAAAAAAGACCGACUCUAUGUCAAGCACAACGUUCUUAGCGAUGACAUUCCUAUUGUCGUGUUGCUUAAGGCUAUGGGCAUUCACACUGAUAAAGAGAUUCUACAACUGGUUGCUGGAUCAGACAGCUUGUACCAGGAUGACUUUGCCAUCAACUUCGAAGAGGCCUUCAACCUCGGUAUCUUCACUCAACAGCAGGCUUUGGAUUGGAUCGGUGCUCGUAUCAAGAUUAACCGGAAGACGGGCGCAUACCGCCGAACUCAUGUCCAGGAGGCGGUCGAGGCCAUCGCAUCCGUCAUCAUCUCCCACAUCGAAGUCAAGGACAUGAACUUCCGCCCCAAGGCCAUUUAUGUGGCCCACAUGGCUCGCCGUGUGUUAAUGGCCAAAAACGAUCCGGCUCUGGUUGACGAUCGAGAUUACCUGGGUAACAAGCGACUGGAGCUGGCUGGUCAAUUGUUGGCGCUUCUUUUCGAAGAUCUGUUCAAGAAAUUCUGCUUCGAUAUCAAGAUGAAUAUUGACAAAGUCUUGAACAAGCGCAACAGAGCAGAGCAAUUCGAUGCCUGGAGUGUUGUCAGUAUGCAUGGUAACCACAUCACUCAAGGCAUGAAUCGGGCAAUCUCCACAGGCAACUGGAGUUUGAAGCGUUUCCGCAUGGAGCGUGCCGGUGUAACCCACGUUCUCAGCCGACUCAGCUACAUCGCUGCCCUGGGCAUGAUGACUCGAAUCAGCAGUCAGUUCGAGAAGACUCGAAAGGUUUCUGGUCCUCGUGCAUUGCAGCCGUCUCAAUUCGGUAUGCUGUGUCCUGCGGACACGCCCGAAGGUGAAGCUUGCGGUCUGGUUAAGAAUCUGGCUCUGAUGACUCACAUCACCACCAACGACGAGGAAGGUCCAGUCAGAAAUUUGAUUUUCAUGCUCGGUGCCGAAGACAUUUCGACCGUCAGUGGAAUGCAGAUCUACGCCCCCGGAAGCUACUCGAUCUCCAUCAACGGUACGCCAACAGCUUUGACGCGGCGACCAAAGUACUUCCUCAACGCUUUCCGUCGACUUCGUCGAAUGGGACGAAUCUCAGAGUUCGUUAGCAUUUACAUCAAUCACCACCAGCGUGCCGUGCACCUUGCAACCGACGACGGCCGAAUUUGCCGACCCCUCAUCAUUGUUGAAAACGGCAAAUCACGAGUUCGCCGGCACCAUUUGCAGAAACUGAGAGAUGGCAGGAUGCAAUUUGACGAUUUCCUUGCUCAAGGUCUCGUCGAGUACCUUGACGUGAACGAAGAAAACGACUCAUAUAUCUCUAUUUACGAGAAGGAUAUUAACGAGGCUCACACUCAUCUCGAAAUCGAACCCUUCACCGUCCUGGGUGCUGUAGCUGGCCUCAUUCCCUACCCCCACCACAACCAAUCGCCCCGUAACACUUACCAAUGUGCCAUGGGUAAACAAGCUAUUGGUGCGAUUGCUUCGAAUCAAUUCCAGCGAAUUGACUCUAUCCUCUACCUCAUGGUCUAUCCUCAGAAACCCAUGGUCAAAUCUCGAACAAUUGAGUUGGUCAAGUACGACCAGUUGCCUGCUGGUCAGAACGCGACUGUCGCUGUCAUGAGUUAUUCUGGAUACGAUAUUGAGGAUGCCCUCGUCUUGAACAAGGGGUCCGUGGAUCGUGGAUUCGGUCGAUGCCAGGUCUAUCGCAAAUACGUCACAAACCUCAAGAGUUACCCCAACGGAUUGAAAGAUCGGCUGAACCCACCAGAGUAUGAGAACGAUGCUCCCAUUCGCAAGCACGCUCUUCUUGAGAGCGACGGCCUUGCCGCAGUGGGUGAGGAAGUCAAGAGUGGCGAGGUCUACAUCAAUAAGGUGACCCCGGAUUCGGCUCAUACGACUGGCCUUGGAGGUGACUCGAACAAACCGCUCACCUGGCAGGCUACGCCCAUGACAUACAAACUUCCCGAUCCGGCGUACAUUGAUAAAGUCAUGGUGUCGGCCACCGAGGGCGAGACACAACUUCUCAAGAUCUUGACGCGUCAAACACGUCGACCUGAAGUCGGUGACAAAUUUUCGUCUCGUCACGGACAAAAGGGAGUUGUUGGUAUCAUCGCCGAUCAAGUCGAUAUGCCUUUCACGGACUCUGGUAUCAAUCCCGAUAUUAUCAUGAAUCCUCACGGUUUCCCUUCGCGAAUGACAGUCGGCAAGAUGUUAGAAUUGGUUGCAGGUAAAGCCGGUGUCUUGUCCGGGCAACACGGUUACGGUACCUGUUUUGGUGGCAGUCCCGUUCAGGAGAUGUCGCAAAUCUUGAUUGAUCAUGGCUUCAGUUAUGGUGGCAAGGACAUGCUCACUUCUGGUAUCACCGGCGAGCCGUUGCCUUUCUACGUUUUCACGGGUCCAAUCUAUUACCAGAAGCUCAAGCACAUGGUCCAGGAUAAGAUGCACUCGCGUGCGCGGGGUCCAAAAGCCACACUGACUCGUCAGCCCACUGAAGGUCGUUCGCGUGACGGUGGUCUUCGUUUGGGUGAGAUGGAACGUGAUUGUCUUAUCGCCUACGGAACCAGUCAACUUCUCUUGGAACGUUUGAUGAUCUCAUCUGAUGUGCACGAAGUUGAUAUCUGCGAGAAGUGCGGAUUUAUGGGCUACCUCAACUGGUGUCCUGGGUGCAAAUCCUCUCGCUCCGUCGUGAAGAUGUCUAUCCCUUACGCCGCAAAGCUUUUGAUUCAGGAACUGAUGAGUAUGAAUGUUGCCGCUCGUCUGAAGCUUGACGACGAGUUCCCUGAAAUGAAAGGGCGAUAA